AUGGCGCCGAUACAGCAAGAACCAGAGAUCCAGUUCGCGCAAAGAUUGGCUUCUAAUGAGAAGCCCAUGCGAACAAAGGCCAUCAAGAAGCUAAGAAAAUAUAUCAGUGUUAGGUCACAGAAAAUGAAAGGUAAGUCUAACGAGGUUACCAGGAAAAUGGACCACGCGCUUGGCUUCCACGCAGCUUGUUUGCCUCAUCUCUUCGUGCUCCUAGCUUAGCUAACCUUUGAUUCGUUUUGUGCAUGUUAAACCUAUCUGAUUUUCAUAGUUUGACAAUACAAUAGUGGACUCUUGUCGUUAGAUCACGAAAAAGUAUGUAAAGAGUUUAGAAUGUAACGCAUCAAAGAAAAGGGUCCCAUUUGGUCGGAAAUGCAAAUUGCAUGCGCCCAGUGACGAUGCGAGCAACAAUGUUGCCAACUCCGUUCAUAGUGUGGAUUUUUUUUAUUCCGUCGUUUCACUGGCACUUGCCUUCUCUUCAGGGGGGUUUGAAGGCGACGAGUUACUCAAACUAUGGAAAGGCCUCUUUUAUUGCCUGUGGAUGCAGGACAAGCCACUUCUUCAGGUAAGUCGGUGCCACUGUGACCCAAUUUAUUUGCAUUCAUGUAAAAAAAAAGGUUAAACAAGAAGAAUUGAUACACAAAAUACUGUGACUAUUUGUGGGUCCUAGAUAAGUUGCAUUGAUAUGAUUUUUGCCCAUAGGAGGAGCUGUCGAAUCAGAUCUCUGGCCUGAUGCACAACUUCCAGAACAUUCAGAGCCGUAAGGCCUCAUUUUUACAAACUACCAUGUAUUCAAUAUUGUCCUAUCUUUUUUUUUUUCAAUGUUACCCAUUGGUCUGUGAACACAUUUUCUGAGAGUUUUGACAGACCCUAUACAGAAUGUGUACUCCAAUUUAAGAUUGUUCCUGUUUUUCAUCGAUUCAUUAAUCCCUUUGUAGAGUUUUUGUUUCUGGAGACCUUCCUGCAGACCAUCAAAAGAGAAUGGACCGGCAUUGACAGGCUUCGCAUGGAUAAGUUCUUCCAGGUCAGCAUAUUCAGCCAUCAAAAUGUUAUAAGCAUUUCCUCACCCAAUAAAUCAUCAUGUAUAGUUGGAGGAUAAACUGAAAGUAUUUUGUACAUGAAGAAAUUACAAAUCCUUUUCUUUUUGUGUCAUUCUCUCUGACUCCCAGCUGGUUCGUUUCGUGUUCAAGAACACUUUUGAAAUGAUGAAAAGGAAAGAAUGGGAGACCAGGUGGGUGACGCUUUGACCUCACCCCAUUUUUACCUUGCAAACAUCUGACAAACUUUGAUUUUGGAGUGUAAUGUCCCUUUAAGUCUUUGUGCAUGCAUGCUUCCUGUGAUGUUAGAAAAUAUAAUAAUAAUAUGCCACUUAGCAGACACUUUUAUCCAAAGCGACUUAUAGUCAUGCGUGUAUACAUUUUUGUGUAUGGGUGGUCCCGGGAAUCGAACCCACUACCCUGGCGUUACAAGUGCCGUGCUCUACCAGCUGAGCUACAGAGGACAACAAAGAAGAACGUGUUUUGUCUUUCUACAGUGUGGUGACCAGGUUUCUGGAGCUCCUGGAUGCCCAGGUCCUCCACAGCUCCAGCGGAUCCCCCUGUGGUUUGCAGUUUCACAUACUGGACAUCUAUAUGACUGAGCUGGCUGCAGUCGGUUCAGCUGAGGUAUCAAAUGUGGUUAUUUUAAUGCCCCAAAAGAUGCGCUAGGUUCACUUUUGUUGUUUACGAUUAGGGUUAUAAUUGGGAGGUAAUAAAUCAAUCAGUAAAUCCACCUUUAAGGGUAGGGAAGUGAUGAGACUUAAGUUUGAGAAAGAGCUGUCAGUUUGAUUGGGUGUUAGGUCCUAUUGAUCUGUCAGUUUGAUUGGGUGUUAGGAGGUCCCAUUGAUCUGUCAGUUUGAUUGGGUGUUAGGAGGUCCCAUUGUGUGAGUGAGCUGGUCGUAUGCUGAUUGAUUCCAUUUCCACCACAGCUGAAUGACUGGUUGUGGUUUGCUUAUGAUUACAGCUCACGGCGGCUCAGAACCUGACAUUCAUUGACCCUUUCUGCAAAACAGCAUCCAAAACGAAAGAGUAAGUUUUAUAGGGAACCUUUGGGGGGGGGGUCAUGAUCAUCACCUCCACCCUUAGAUUGAGGAUCAAUCCUUUAUGCACUUUUUCCUCUCUCUCCUUCCCUCGUUCCCUCUGUCCCAGUCGGAUCCUGCUCAGGGCUAUCUGCAGCAGCAUUUUCAGUGCCAUCGUAGACCAGGCUCCUUUCGCCAUCGAAGACCUGUUGAAGGAAGUGAAGGCUACAGGUGGAGGGGCUGAGGAGUCCGACUCAGGGCAGGCUUCUGAAGAAGAGGAGGAGGAUGAGGAGCCCCCCAAGGGCAAAAAAGCUGUAAAGAAAUCUCCCAAGAAAACCACUGGUGGGCAGACCAACGGUAGGCAUUGCUAUCUGAGGACUGAGAGGCAGAGAGAUUCACUUGUUGAUGAAUCAGCUUUUAGCUUGACUACAACAAGUGUGUUGCAUUAUAUGGAAUUAUCUUACAAAUGACACAAAGCCUAUAUUUGCAAAUGUCUAGAUAUAAUCCAUAAAUCUUGUCCUCUCCUUCCUUUGUGGUUUUAGGCACUGUAUCAACUGAGGAAGAUGAUGAAGAUGGUCUGGAGGAUGAAGAGGAUGAUGAAAUGCUUCAUUUGGAGAGUGACUCUGAGUCCGAGAUGCCAGAUGACGCAGGGAUCGGACCUGUUCUCCAGUUUGACUACUCUGCACUGGCGGACAGGCUGUUUGGGCUAGCCAGCCGCAGCAACACCCCCAGCCACAACAGGCAGAGACUGUACAAAGUCAUCAAGACGUAAGUAAACACACACACUCGUACAUUAGAAAUCCUUGAUAUGGACACUGAUGAAGAGGAAUUGGGUUCAGCUUGUGUAUUCUGACUUACCUCUUCUCUCCCUCUGUUCUCCUGCAGUCUCCGGGAUCUCAGUGAAGGUAGGAAUGCUGAUGGUCAUAACUUUCGUCAGAGUAUCCCUAUGAUAGAUGUGCAAGGAAAGCUGAUGUCUCUCUCUCUCUCUCUCUCAGGAGUCUUCCCACAGGAUGAGUACCCAGAGGAGGUGUCGACAGAUGAGGAUGAUGAUGAAAUGUUUGGCAGUAGAAAGAGAAUGAAACGGGGACGAGGCUUCGGGGAGGAGGAAGAAGAGAGCUCACCAGCCAAGAAACGGAAAGGUACCUAAAACCCCACUAUUUAAACGAUCGCAUUUGAUCUUGAGUUUAUACUUUUUUUAAACUUUUUUUUAUAUGUUGACUGUUCUUACAUCAUUGCUAUCUUCUACUUCAGGCAAGAAAGGAGACUCCAAAGCAGGAAAGUCUGACCAGACUGCCGCAACAGAUGACAGUAAACCAGCAGAGACUCCCGGAGACGCCAAGAAGAAGAAGAAGAGGAAGAAGAGGAAGAAGAAGACUGGAGAGGUGAAGAGUGACGAGCAGAACGGGGUGGGGUCAGAGGCGGACACGACUCCUGCUUCAGCGCCACAGACGACAGACGCUAAAGAAGCGGAGACGGAGCCCUCUGUCCACGCCAAGGGCACCGACACUGGAGCGGCUGUCCUGGAGAAGGCAGCCAUGGAGACGGGGGUCCAAUCAGGAACUCCACAUGAUGUGGUGGUGGGUAACCUAUCCUCGGUCACGGUCACGGAGGUAGACCAGAAGAAGGGAUCAGAGACGACAGUAUCAGACGCCACGUCUUCCAAGAAGAAAAAUAAGAUCAAGAAGUCCAAAACGCCUGCACCAGAGGAGAAGGAAGAGGUAGCAAAAUCAGAGACUAACACAGAUGUGAUGGGGCCUAGUGUGGACACCACGGAGGCAGGAGGCCAGCCUGCUCCUGUUACCCAGGACGGGGAGGCAGCAGAGGGGUCAACAGAACCAGAGCCUGCCCCUGAGACUGCUACUACCUCCACGAGCAGGAGGAAGAGAAGGAGGAAAAGCAUCAAGCAGGAGUCUGACGAGCAGACAACCAUAGAGGAAGUUGAAAUGACGUCAGAAACAGUAGAUGAGACCACGGCCACGCCACCGAAGACGACGAGGAGGAGGAAGAAGGCUAAACGGACCACUGAGGUAGCUGUAACAGAUGCAACACUGGUAGAGACAACACCUGCGGAACCUGAAGCCGACUCUACACCAGCCGAGAAGCCUCCAGCUGACCUCCGCAUCGCUGCCACUCCCCUGAAGAAGAAGAAGAAGAAACAAAAGGUGGCUGAGGAGGAGAGCGUUGAAAUGCAGCCAGAAACUGAAGCAGACGUCAUACCUGUAGACGCCGAGGUGGCGCCAGCGUACGUCGCUACACCAACCCCGCUCAAGAAGAAGAAGAAGAAAGCGGCCAAGGCUGAAGAACAGAGCAUGGAGGUCAAGGGUGAAACCCAGCCGAAAGCAGAUGCAAACCUUGCACUGAUAGAAGCUGAGGUAGAGUCGGUGGAGGUCGCCACACCUACCCCACUCAAGAAGAAGAGGUCUGGACGGGUAGCGGAGGAGCAGGAGACGGAGAGCGUUGCAGAGGAGCAGCCCACAGAUGCUGACCUGAACACUCCCGGGAAGAAGAAGAAGAGGAAGAUCCCGUUAGUGAUAGAGGUCGAGGCUGAGGUCAACGGGGUGGCUGGAGGCAAGAAAGGAAAACUGAGCAACGUGAGUUUAAGUUGACACCACUUCCUAGGCCCAGGUUCAGUUAGCCUGUUAGUUAGUUCCUACAGUAAAUGCAUACCAUUUUAGUUGGCGUACGUGAAGCAGAUGAGAGCUAGUAGCCAUUGAACAGGUUUCCAGUUUAUAAACUUGUUUUUGAUUCCUCAUCUCUUCAGGACAGCGAAGAGCCGUCCACACCGGUGAGCGCCAAGAAAACCAAAAAAAUGACGCCCAAGAAGGCUAAGGCAGGGGUGGAGUCUGACUUCAUCACGUUCCAGAACCACGCCUCCAUCCCUACACCCCUUUUCUACAAGACAGCCAAGGGAAGCCCCAGUACACCGCUAUCCAGCAAGAAGAAGGUAGUGAACUGGUUCAACACCUAGAGGCUGUCUAUUAUUACAUCAAGUUACUUCCUCAUUGUCUGUCUUUUUAACUUCCGUUCACAAAUGGGAAAUCCUCAUGAUGUUUUAUCAUUUUCUUUCACAGAAGAAGUGUCAGACUCCAAAGUCCGAAUCCAAGAAGGUCACCUUCGGACUCAAUAAAAACAAAACUGCAGGUAUUCGAGGGCAGGAUAGCACCUUAUUUAGACUCGUACAAGAGACAAGACCUCUAUAUUAUUUCCUUCUAAUGACCUAUAUACCUUCAGUUAUCCCACGUUCAAUAAUGAUCUAGCUUCUGGAUCCUAAUUUCUUUACUGUUCAAUGUUCCAUAGUUUUGAUGAGACUUUCCUAUUUGUUUUUGCCCAUUCAUGAUCCCCAGAGUUCAGGAAGACUGAUCGCAGCCUGCUGGUGAGUCCAGAGGGGUCGUCCCGAGUGCCCUUUGACCCCCAGCAGAAGCCCCUGUUUGGGGUCUUGAAGUCCCCGGAGGCCUCUCUUACCAACAGCACUAAGAAGAAGACCAAGAGCACCCCCAAACGCCCCACCGCGGCUGAUUUCUUCUAGUCUUCUUUGAGGAGACUGGUGAGACAGAGGACGUUUCCACCCUCAGUUCCACCCCACUGUUUGUUCACCAGGAAAAUAUAAUUAUGAACAGAAUAUCCACAGAAUCUGUCAUUCCCCUGUUGGGAAGAGAGUGAUCUUGAUAUACAACGUUUUUUUUUUUGGUAAUAUUUCUAAUUUUCCAUGUUCUUUUGAUGUUCUGUGGGUGAGCAAGUGUUCAAAUAAAGACUCAAUCCCUCCU